UGCUCCAUUUGCUAGGGUUUGUGGAUUUUUUGCGGCAGGGCAGCUCGAGAGAUCCGGGAUGGCCGAUCGGGAAGACGAGGAGACUGUGGCAGCGGCGGAGGAGCACGGCGCUGGCGCCGGGGAGGAGGAGGACACUGGCGCACAGAUCGCGCCGAUUGUGCGCCUUGAGGAAGUGGCUGUGAAAACCGGGGAGGAGAAUGAGGAGGUGCUACUGGAUAUGAAGGCGAGGCUGUACAGGUAUGAUCAGGUGUGGAAGGAGCGGGGGACCGGCGUGAUCAAGAUUUUGAAGGACAAGGAGACGAACAAGACGAGAGUACUGAUGCGACAGAACAAGACGCUGAAGAUCUGUGCGAAUCACUACUUGGUUCCUGGAAUGACUUUGCAAGAGCACGCUGGCAGUGACAAGACCUGGGUAUGGCACGCGAUGGAUUACUCCGACGGCGAAGUGAAGAAGGAGCUUUUGUGUGUCCGAUUCGGCAGCGUCGAGAAUGCCCAGAGAUUCAAGGACAUCUACGUGGAGCGCACUGAGGAGCAAGGCGAGAAGAAGGCGACCGAAGAAGAGAGCAAGGAGGAGUCCAAAGUGGCCGAGACGCUGGAGAAGCUGUCCGUGAAGGAUCUCUCGUCCGACCCUGUCAAGCCCGCUGCUAACGACGACGAGAAGGAGAAGCCAGCGGUCGACGACGUGAAAGCUGACGGUAAGAAAGAAUGAGAAGUUGGGGGAGAGAGGGGAGCACACGGGGGCAUUUGGUUCGUCUUCGUCGUCAUAUCACAGCCGUCGUAGCUAGAGAGAGUUCUUAGUUCUUGGUCGGUCAGGCAUAGCCGGGUUCUCGCAGAGAAUUUUUACUUCCUUGUCCAGUGCAAUACCAUGUCAUCACGAGAGAGAGGAGAGAAGGAAGAGUCGUCUCUUUGUCGUCGUUUCUUGGAAGAUUUUUAAGACGUGUAUUGAUUUUUGCAUCGCUAGCUA